CUAAAGUGAACACUUAAUUGCGAAACCGGAAGCGCCUCAUCAUGUUCUUUGGGAGAUGAUUGCGAUUUGUGACUACAUGAGGGAUAGACAUGUAAAAUCGCCCAAUUUAUUUAGCCCCUCUUUCCUCUCAUUUCCACCACCGUCUCCGUUUCAAUCUCCGAAUUCGAUACCGAUUACUCACCAAAUAUUUAGGGUUCUUUGGUUCGAGGGUUUCGGAGAUGGAUUCCGGAGAUCAGAAGCCGGCUUCUAGUGCUGCUGGCGGCGGUUUCUUUUCCGCGAUCGCUUCAAGCGUUCGGAAUUGGGGCAGUGCGAUGCAGAAGUCUGUUAAUGGGCUAUUGGGCUAUGAAGGACUAGAAGUGAUAAACCCAGAAGGAGGCACAGAUGAUGCUGAGGCUGAAGCUCAACGAGGAAGAUGGAAGCAAGAGGACCGAGAUGGUUACUGGAAGAUGAUGCACAAGUAUAUAGGAUCAGAUGUUACAUCGAUGGUGACGCUCCCGGUCAUCAUUUUUGAACCAAUGACAAUGCUUCAGAAAAUGGCAGAGUUAAUGGAGUACUCUUACUUGUUAGAUAUGGCAGAUGAUUGUGAAGAUCCUUAUAUGCGGUUGGUCUAUACUUCUUCUUGGGCGAUAUCUGUUUACUAUGCUUAUCAGCGAACAUGGAAGCCUUUUAAUCCCAUCCUUGGUGAAACAUAUGAAAUGGCCAAUCACGGCGGCAUUACAUUUAUUGCGGAGCAGGUAAGCCAUCAUCCUCCUAUGAGUGCAGCUCAUGCUGAGAAUGAGCAUUUUAUUUAUGACAUUACUUCUAAAUUAAAGACCAAGUUUUUAGGAAAUUCUGUAGAAGUGUAUCCUGUUGGAAGGACGAGAGUGACCCUAAAGAAAUCUGGUGUAGUCGUAGAUUUGGUUCCUCCUCCCACAAAGGUUAAUAACCUUAUAUUUGGGCGAACAUGGGUUGACUCACCUGGGGAGAUGAUCAUGACAAAUUUGACAACUGGAGACAAAGUAGUGUUGUAUUUUCAACCGUGCGGCUGGUUCGGUGCUGGUCGAUACGAAGUAGAUGGAUAUGUAUAUGAUGCAGCAGAAGAGCCUAAAAUAUUGAUCACUGGAAAAUGGAAUGAAUCAAUGAGUUGUCAACCAUGUGAUAAGGAAGGAGAGCCUCUUUCUGGCACUGAAUUGAAAGAGGUCUGGAGAGUUGCUGCUACUCCUGUGAAUGACAAGUACCAAUACACAUAUUUUGCCCAUAAGAUUAACAGCUUUGAGACAGCUCCUAAGAAUCUAUUGGCAUCAGAUUCUCGAUUGCGCCCUGACAGAUAUGCACUUGAGAAAGGUGACAUGUCCAAGUCUGGUGCAGAAAAGGGCAGUCUGGAGGAGAAGCAGAGAGAAGAAAAAAGAAUCAGAGAAGCCAAUGGGCACAAAUUCACUCCACGAUGGUUCAACUUGAGUAGUGAAAUUACUCCAACACCUUGGGGGGACUUGGAAAUAUAUGAAUACAACGGUAAAUAUGCUGAACAUAGGGCCAAAGUUGAUGACUCUGAUUCCAUUGAAGAGGUUGACAGCAAAACUAUUGAAUUCAACCCAUGGCAGUACAGCGAUUUGUCUGCUGAAUGAAGUAUCAAAAUUGGGUUCUAGCUCAGUUUUCCAUCCAUGUGCCAACUUAAAGAGACAAAAGGGUAAUCCAUGUUGUUGAUGUAAAAUGCUAAAAAUUUCAAUGUAUUAUUAGCUGCUUUUUUACAUCAGGAUGUGUAAUUUUCAUAGAAUAAAUAGUAUGCUGAUCUGUUGACUA